AUGUAUUUCUUUGUAUCUCUUGCAGAAUCACCUGAUGUCGCGCCAUCUGUUGUUGUUCACACCAGCGUUCCCUUUGGAACUAGCCACUUGGAGUCAGACAAGGAAAAGGUUCAGCAGUUGAUCCUAGACCAGCUGAAAGAUGUUGUACCUAGUUUGCCUAAACCAGCCAGCAUCAAGUGCCAUAGGUGGAGGUAUUCUCAGGUUACCAAAGCUUUCCCUGGCAGUCCAGGACAAAUAACUCUCCAUACGAAACCGUUUCUUGUCUGUGGAGGUGAUGGAUUUAUUCAUUCCAACUUUGAUGGGUGCAUAGAUUCAGCAAUGAGUAUUGUGCAGGCUUUGAAGUCCAGUUUGUAGGAUUUUUCAUCAUUUGCUUGCUUGUUUCCUGCCCCACCCCCAUGCCAUCUUAUUUCUAUGACGAAUUAUGCAAUAUACUAAAGCUUGAUAUACUUUACCUACUUGCCCUCUAUUUUAAGGAAAUAAAUCAUGAGAAGUCUUCAGACGUUUCACAGAUUUAUUGCAA